AAAAAAGAUGUCACAGUUGAUAUCAUUUUCCAUACUUUUUUUUUUUUUUUUUAAUAAAUUGAUUAAAGUACCUCGCGCUUUGCAGAAGCCACUGUGAUGUUGGACAUAUUUAUCAGCAAUUUAUCAUUAUCGAAUAGUAGAUCUACGAACGAAAGCGUUUCAGGUGCGAAGUCGAAAGUGUUUGGGAGCUGAAUGGGUCUUCUAAGCAUCAUUAGGAAAAUCAAGAAGAAAGAGAAGGAAAUGCGAAUUCUUAUGGUUGGAUUGGACAAUUCUGGGAAAACCACAAUCGUUUUGAAGAUAAAUGGGGAGGACACUAGCGUCAUCAGUCCCACGCUUGGUUUCAACAUCAAAACCAUCGCAUACAACAAGUACACUCUGAACAUAUGGGAUGUUGGGGGCCAGAAAACAAUAAGAUCUUACUGGAGAAACUACUUUGAGCAAACAGAUGGUUUGGUUUGGGUAGUUGACAGUUCAGAUCUGAGAAGGUUGGAUGAUUGCAAAUUUGAGCUAGAUAACCUUCUAAAGGAAGAGAGGCUAUCUGGAGCUUCUUUACUGAUACUGGCAAAUAAACAGGACAUAAAAGGUGCCCUUAGGCCUGAAGAAAUAGCUAAGGUGCUGAACUUGGAAGCCAUGGAUAAAUCUCGGCAUUGGCAGAUAAUUGGCUGUAGUGCAUACACUGGUGAGGGUCUGCUUGAGGGAUUUGAUUGGUUGGUUCAGGACAUAGCCUCUAGAAUCUACAUGCUUGACUAAUCUUGUUUAGGCCAUCUUCCAUGAAAUGUUUCCAACUUAAAGGAGAAUUCUUAAAUCUUAUAUACUGUCUUUGGAAGACAUUAUGGAUUCACUGCAUCACUGAUAUGUUCCAGAUGGAUGUCCUUUUUUUUUUGGGUGAAUGUGGUGCUUGUACCAUAUUACAUUUUGAAACCGCAAGAAACUGGAUGACUUGCAGGUUGCAGGUUACUUACCUAUCUUAGUAUCCAUUAUAUAUGAGAAGGCUUUAAUAUAAAAGCUUGAACUCGGAGAAGAA